GUUAGUGUAUCACUCUUCAGGAAGUCAAACCAGUAAAUAAUGGUGAAAUCCAAUUAAUUAUAUCCCUGCAGCUCAUUUGAGAUUUACCCAACAUUACCGUUCAACAGGUGCACUUAUAAAAUUAGGAUCAAAACCCUCAGAGACGUCGCCUCAGUCUCAUUCAACAACAGACUAGCGUGUGUUACAAUUAAAUCCAGAGCUUCUCAAGAAAGGAUCCACAGCAUCAAAGCAUACAGCUGCUGAGAAAGUUGGGAAAAAAAGAAAAAAAAAAAGACGACAGUUAUGAGCAUGGGCUGUAAGACCAGUGGCACCCCAAUUGUUUUCGAAACAAUUGGGAUGUUAAUAAAGAUACAACAACUAAAUGUGUCUGAAGCCGUUCAUACCCAACUGGAUGAAUGUGUAAAAUUGCCCUCUGGAAGAUGCUUUCACACCAAAUGUGACAACUUUGUUGAUUAUGCCUUGUAUAUUCAACCAGCUUACCAUUAAACUACACCAGUGCUUGUGCUGUUAUUAAAAACUAAUGGACUGAUUUCCGUGGCACUUGAUGGACGGGUGGGGUUGGAACCAUUAACUUUUGGAGCAGAUUUGAGUAUGGAGGGUGACAUCCAGGACAUUGCCUUGACUUCUCAGUAAAUAAAUCAUUCAUUGAUCAGGCAUCUGUGUACCUUAUGCAACAUUAUGAGUGUGUGCAAAUCUGGUUAUUUAUUGUAUUUAUUGAGAAGUCAAAAGCAAUUUCCACAUCACUAAAUAAUUCAGAUAAAGAUGAAGUUGAAAUAAACAAGGAAAGUAAUAAUAUGAUUUUAAUUAUGCUCAACUAAACAGCAGGGGAUUGUUAUAUUUGACUUCCAUUCAUGCAGCAGCUGGAGCAAACAGCAUGUAAAGGGUUAGUCGCCACCCUUCAUCCCUCCUCAUCCUCCUCCGUUUCUCUUGUAUCACUUAUCAGCUUCUCUUUCCCAUUCAUUUAUCAGGCACCCAGUGAACUCAGUCUGCACCUUAGAUCCAAAUACCUUUUUCAGCCUCUAUGGAUAGAGACCCUCACCCUCACCUACUCCACUUGAGAAACUUCACUUAUUUUUCCUUCUUCUCUGAGUUGCACCACUCUGACCAUGCUGCUGUCGAGACUGAGGCCAUCUCCAUGGUGCUCCUGGUGUCCGUGGCAGCAAACACGGGAGCUGCAGCCUUGGUAACCUGGGAACGCAGACUGCUGGCCAACAAGACCAUCCUGACCCUCAACUGGUCUGUGGCCGACCUGCUGUUUGUCAGCAUGAUCCCAUUGAUAGUGGCAAUGCGUUUGACCGUGUCCUGGAUGCUGGGGUUUACGGCCUGUCACACCAUGCUGUUUGUCAUCUGUAUGAGCGGCUCCGUCACCAUCACCACCCUGGCCUCCAUCAGCGUGGAGAGGGUCCAGGCGAUCCUUCGGAUGCAGACUGCGACCACUCUGAUCCCCUGGAUGUUGACCGCCACCCUCAUCUUCAUCUGGGCUUUCUCUGCACUCACUGCUCUACCUCAAAGCCUCUUCUUCACUGUGGUGGAAGUGGAUUAUCCUGAGCAGGAAAUCUGUACUCUCAAGUGGCCUGACUCCACUGCAGAGAUUGUGUGGAAUAUAUCCUUCACCACCCUGUGCUUCCUUCUCCCAGGACUUAUUGUGGUCAGUUACAGCAAAAUAUUGCAGAAUUCUAAAAGUUGCAAGCGAAGACUCCAAACCCGAGAUAGUCCCCUCCCAGAGUACCACAUCUCCCACCAGGAUAUGAAGCUCUUCCGCACUCUCCUGGUCCUCGUCUUCUCCUUCCUACUCAUGUGGAGUCCCAUCUUCAUCAACACCUUCCUCAUCCUGGCCAGAAAUUUCCUCGGUCACCUGCACGUCUCCUCGACCGUGUUCUUCUGGGUGAUGACGUUCACACAGGCCAACUCAGCUCUCAAUUCUAUUCUCUACUUGUUGUGCCAGUUCAGGAACGGCUGGCAUAAGCUCUGCUGUGGUUCUGCCGUGGUGCCACUGCGGAGAGACACUUAAUACUGGCCUUAAACCUUAUACACCUAGGACACACUUUUCUUAUGGUUGCUAAGCUCCUGAGCAGGUGCAUUCAAACUGAAAGACAUUCCAAAGCACUAACACUGUAGAGACAUUCAUUUUAUAAUAAAUACUUUUCAAACA